GAGAUGAGAGAUCGACCACGCAACCCAAAACAUGUGCAGCAAUAGCAGCAAGAGUAGCCUGGAUUUCCCCUUUCCAUUCGCUUUCACUACAUGGAGUGCUUUCUUUGCUUGGCUGUGCGGCGAAGUCGAAUGUCCAGCAGCAACCUCGCCCGCCUCUGGUUAUGUUUAUCAUUACCGGACACAAAGAUGCAGCGCUCCUGCUAACACGGCAUCUUCGCCGCUUCAGUGCAUGCCAACCCACCCAUCCCCCCACCCCCUUCCCAACCUGGUCAUGCUCCCCUCAUUCAUUUUGGACCUGAAGCGAAUAUAUGUCUGUGAAUCCGAACAGGUGCAUAGGAGCCAUGGCGAUGGCUGUGUUGUGUGUGAUUGUUCUCCUUCAGCUUUUGUUCGCCACUGAGUGUUACCAAUCGGGGGGUGGCAUUUUCCGUGGCGGACGUAAACUGGAGCUUCUGAACCGUAACCCCGCGGAUGCAGACCUCAACACCAAUGUGAUGCGGUCCGUCUUGGUGCACAGAGACGACCUUCGAACGUCGACAUCGUCACGUUCCCGAAGCGAAAGAUUUCUCGACGCAGUGAAACGCAGCCGCAUCCGGGUUACCGAGCUAGAGAAGAAACUCAGAACCUCCAGGGAGGAACAAGUUCAGGCAGCGCGCAGCUUGGAAGGCCAAGUGUCCGCAGGCAGCGGCGAGUAUGUACUGCAAAUUUCCCUAGGCACGCCUCCACAGCAAUUCUCCGCCAUUGUCGACACCGGCAGUGACCUCUGCUGGGUCCAGUGCGCGCCUUGUGCUCGGUGCUUCGAGCAACCAGACCCGCUGUUUAUUCCCCUGGCCUCAAGCUCGUACUCGAACGCAAGCUGCACUGACUCACUCUGCGACGCACUACCUCGACCGACUUGCAGCAUGAGGAACACAUGCACUUACUCAUACUCGUACGGUGACGGAUCCAACACGCGCGGCGACUUCGCAUUCGAAACGGUGACCCUGAAUGGCUCGACACUCGCCCGCAUUGGAUUUGGCUGUGGCCACAACCAGGAAGGGACAUUCGCCGGCGCAGACGGUUUGAUUGGCUUGGGUCAAGGGCCGCUCUCGCUUCCGUCCCAGCUCAAUUCAUCGUUUACACAUAUCUUCUCGUACUGCUUGGUGGAUCAGUCAACUACGGGAACCUUCAGUCCAAUCACUUUCGGCAACGCUGCGGAGAAUUCCAGGGCAUCGUUCACGCCUUUGCUACAGAAUGAGGACAACCCCAGCUACUACUACGUGGGGGUGGAGAGUAUCAGUGUUGGCAACCGGCGCGUCCCGACUCCUCCCUCGGCUUUUCGGAUCGACGCCAAUGGCGUAGGGGGUGUGAUCUUAGACUCGGGGACCACAAUCACAUACUGGCGACUCGCAGCAUUCAUUCCAAUCCUGGCAGAACUUCGGCGACAGAUCUCGUACCCUGAGGCAGACCCAACUCCUUACGGGUUGAAUCUGUGCUAUGACAUUUCCAGCGUUUCCGCGUCGAGUCUAACAUUACCAUCGAUGACAGUGCAUCUCACGAACGUCGACUUCGAGAUUCCGGUGUCGAACCUAUGGGUGCUUGUGGACAACUUCGGCGAGACUGUGUGCACUGCGAUGAGCACGAGCGAUCAGUUUUCGAUCAUAGGCAACGUCCAGCAGCAGAACAACCUCAUUGUAACCGAUGUGGCGAACAGUCGCGUUGGCUUCCUAGCUACCGAUUGCAGCACCUUGUAACUGCAAUCCUAGUAAUGCCUGCACACCAUCGGUUUGCGUCGUGAACAACAACCAUGAUCUAGAAACAAAAUGUAGACAAGAUAACGGGCAAGUGUACUAAGUACACCCACAGAACUAGCAAAUUCUCCUGGAUAGUAAAUUCAACCUAGGUUGUGGUAGAUACCAUCAUUGGUUCCGUUUUCGAUGUUAACAUAGGAGAUUGCAUAGAUGUCCAAGAUGGGGUAGGAAUGUUCAGCUGUGUUAAGCACAACUUGCAGGAUGUCGGUGAACGUUGCUGCACACGGAAGAAUUUGGCAAACUGUGCUUCGACAAACAAAUCAAUGGAUGUAAAAGCUCAAGCUUCUCCUUAGGUACAUAAUCCUGGUUUUGUUUAAAGAGCUUCCAGUCCAGAUCUUUGGGUUUGAACAGCAGGAUCUGUAAUGUUAUGCUUGAUUUAGCGUACUAAAAAAGACCGAGUGACUCGUCACCCUUGUUUCGGUGGAGGCAACUGCAUUAACUGCCCCGGUAUAGCUCCCUUAAAGCAGCAGGAAUUCUGAUGGGACACAAAGGAAGCUAUUCCACAGCAGUUUGAGUUUGUAUGAUAAUGAAGCAGAAGACAUGUUAUUAGAAUAAGAGGACUUUUACAGGUGGCCCAGAAUUUAAAUGUUGAUGUCUGAGGCUUCAAGGGCAGAACUCUUUUAACACAAUUGGACUUUAGGGUCGAAAACAAAUCAGCUUUGGUAUUAGAGGUUAGAAAGUUAAGAUGCAUUUGUUAGUCAUGCUCCUUUGUUACAACAUGAGUUUUAAAAAACAAUUGUAUUUAA